GUGGGAUUAAGGAUAGAGGCGGAUUAUGCUCUGUCCUGAAACUACUCUCUGGCUGCGUUAUGGUCUAAACUCUGCUCCUGGCAGGAAAAGAGCACAACCGACAAGAGGGAGAUAAAGUGGCGACGGUGAAAGCAUUCAUACGUCAGCUUUCUGGACAAUAAAGCCAGCUAUGGAGAACAGAGCCAAAGUGGAUCUGCUUAUUUUGGAAAAAGAGGAUCUUGUUCAGACCUUGUCUCAUGUGGUCAAACGAGUGAAGGACUCCUUCGGCAGGGAAAUGGAUGGGAAUGAACUGCUGCAUGGUCUCCUGAACACUCCAUGGCUUCGGCCUUUACUAAAGGUGUACGAGUGUUUGCAAGGAAAUCUGAGGAGCCCAGCUACCCCAUAUCUCCCCUAUGCCUCUGGAAUCACUCUUGAGAUUCUAUCAGAUUUGAGAGCUCUGCCAUGUCCAUCAUAUGAGGCCAGAGAACUUUAUCACCUUCUCAUGGAGCCCCACAUGCAGGCUUUGCUCUCAGCCCAUGAUGUUGUGGGACUGAAGGACUAUGAGCCUGUCUUGCCUCCACUGCCUGAAGAUCUGGUCAACAAUGAGGAGGCCAUGAGGAUCGUCUGCAUGGUCAAGAACAACCAACCUCUGGGAGCAACUAUACGGAGAGAUGAAAGGACGGGAGAGAUCUACGUGGCUCGAGUUAUUCAUGGAGGAUUGGCUGACCGCAGUGGUCUGUUGCAUGCCGGAGACAAACUUGUGGAGGUGAACGGAUAUCCUGUGUUUGGACUGGAACCAGAGCAGAUAAUAAAAAUACUGGCUCACUCGCACGGAACCGUUAUGUUUAAACUGGUCCCAAUUACUGGCAGACCCGACCACAACAAGACCACGCUGUUUGUGCGAGCCAUGGUGGACUACAACCCCAACCAGGACCCUGGCAUCCCAUGUGUGGAUGCUGGCAUGGCCUUUAGGAAGGGCAACCUGUUGGAGAUAGUCGACCAGACAGACGCCCUGUGGUGGCAGGCAAAGAAACUGCCGUGCAGUUCGAUGUGUGCUGGUCUCAUUCCAGCCUCCUGCAUGCUCAAGAAGAAGACGAAAGAAUUCUGGUGGUCGCAGCCCCACACCUGCAACAAAAUCUUGAGCACAGUGGAUGAAGAGGACGACAUGAUGGCUAUCGACGUAUCUAUUGUAGAAACAGAUGAGGAAGCUUUUGAAUCUGAGGAACUAAAGGAGGACGAGAGUGAGUUUAGUGCUACCGUCGAUGGCGUUUAUCUUGCCGGGUUCCGGAGGAGUCUGCGUGUGUGUCGUCGGCAGAGGGUUCAAGGUGGAGGUUCGGGCCUCAUCCGCUCCCCGUGCUGCUCCAGCUGCCUCGCCAGCCCGUAUGAGGAAGUGGUGCGGCACCAGCGCCACCCAGAGGACAAACACCGCCUCAUCGCUCUGCUGGGUCCGUCUGGAGUCGGUGUAAACGAGUUACGCAGGAAACUGAUCGAGAUCAACCCGAGAACCUUUAGGGGAGCCACACCACACACGACGAGGCCACCGAAGAUGUACGAGGAACCCAGGCGGGAGUAUCACUUCAUCAGCAGGGAUCAGUUUGAGAACAUGGUGUACAACAACAGGUUUGUGGAGUACGGAGAAUUCAAGGGUCACCUCUACGGCACCAGCGUGGACGCAGUGAAGGACGUUCUGGCUGCCGGGAAGAUCUGCAUCAUUGAUAUUGAGCCAUAUGCCAUCACGUCCGUACGAACCCAUGAGCUCAAAGCGUACAUCAUCUAUAUAAAACCUCCCUCAUUAGCUCAGAUGAAACGAACACGGAUCAACGCACAGGUGACUGGUUACUGCACCGAUCGUCCGUUUAAGGAUGAGGACUUCCGUGAGAUCGAGGAGGCAGGCUGCAGGAUGGAGCAGCAUUACGCUGAAUUUUUCGAUCAUGUGAUCGUGAACGACGGCCUGCAGGCGUCCUGUGUGCAGCUGAUGGCGGCGGUGAGAAGAGCGCAAGAGGAGCCACAGUGGGUUCCUGUCUCAUGGAUCAGACCGACUGAUGACCUUUGAAUGUGAAUUUGACAUUUAGGGACAUUUAGUUUCGAAUUUUUGAGAUGAACAAAAACAUUUAUUAGUGGAUCAAAACAACGUUUCUUGGUGUGAUGAAGCUUUUAAGGCUUUUAAUAGGGAUGUGCGAAUUUACACUGUGGGAAUAGACUGUACAGUAAUAUGUUUACAUACUGUAGUUCAUGAAAUUCACUUUUUUACACAGUAUGGAUGGUCAUCACUAUAUAAACCUCCCAAGCCACAGUUGUAAUAUUUGUAUUUAAUUAAAAGGUUACUCAUUUGAUUGUUACAUUUUUUACAUAAAAUAUGCACCACAUUCUAAGUCUG